UUGUCCUCAUCAUACCAGCACGUUGUUUUGUCGUUCCCAAUGCCAUGUUGAUUUCGCCUCGCUUUGCCACCGCCGCCAAGAAGUCCAUAAUGUUUCGAAAAUAAGUAUUUUAGACCAGGCAAGGGAAGAAGGCUUCACUCAUCUCCCUCAUCAAUCUAGCGGUUACUCUACCCGCAGAUGCUGGACUGGAAGCAGAGUUACUAAGGCCAAAUGGAGUCAGCAACACCAAGAACAAGCACAAGGACUCCUACCUGCACCGUUCCUGGGCUCCUAGUCGGCCUCACCAAGCUCUGCAAGCUCACCAAGGUCUGCGCAGCGCCAGCACUGGACGAUGAGACAAAAUCACAACUUGGAAAUUUUUGCGGUGGAUAUGAUCAGAGGCUACUUCUCAUAAGACUGUUUGAAGCAAUGGGAUCCCUCAAGUCAGCUUACAUCAAGCUCCAGAGAGCUCACAUCCCCUACGACCCUGCCAAGCUCGCCUUCGCCGAUGAGAUUAUCACGUCUGAGCUGGAUUCAGUAGCAGCUCUGCAGCGCCUGUGCAGUUCCAGUUGUGGGAUCGGGUCAUUGGUCAACGAGCGGUGGUCCUUGGUUCAGGAACUGGAGGCCGAGACGAGGAAGAGGGAUUCAGACAUCGUGCUGCUGAAGAGAGAACUGGAGGCGCUGCAGAGGGAGAACUCGAGACUGAACAAGCAGAUCAAGAGCGAAAAGCCGUCGUCAGUCAAGCACACUGACAAGGGAUUCGUCGUGCCGAAAGAGAUGACCGCGGUGACGCCAGGAGCAUUGUCGGAGCUGUUCAAGGUGGCAGCAGCAUCGGUGCACGACUUUGCAGAGUUGAUUGCUACUAGCAUUCUGGUACCUUCAGAUAACUGCGUGAACGAUGCAGUAGAGCGGUCAUGGAGGAGGUACUCACUUGAGGCGCACCUGUCGCGAACAAUGCUCGUCGGUGUUAUUACCACAACUCAAGAAGAAGAAGAAGAAGAUAAAGAAGGGCUGAAAAUCAGUGGUGCUUGCUUUGAACGGAUCAUGAGGUUGUGCGACCCUCUGGACGCCUUGAUGCAGUACCCAAGCUCUGGUUUCUCGAGAUUCUGCCGGUCCAGAUACUUGGCCGCCGUGCCGUCGGAAAUGGAGGCGGCAAUGUUCCGGAACCUGGACCAGAGGGCGUUCGUGGCGCGCGGCGGGCACCCGAGGACGUGGUUCUACCGGGCGUUCGCGACGAUGGCGAGGUCGGCGUGGGCGCUGCGUGUGGCCAUGGCGCGGUGCUUAAAGCACAGCCACGGUGUCAGAAUGUUCUAUGCGAGGAGAGGCAGUGAGUACGUCGAGGAGUUCAUGGAGAGCGUGGCAGUGGCUGCACCUGGCGUCAGAGAAGGAGAAGGUGACGUGGAGGAGAAGCUUACGGUUGCCUUCACUGUGACGCCCGGAGUCAAGGUCGGCGACACGGCGGUGGCUUGCAGGGUGCUUCUCUGUCACCGUCAUCAUCAGGAGGGGAUUCAUUCAAGUCCAAUGACGGCUGUGGUCAGCAAGCUUAUUUAAGUCAUUCAUCUAACUGUACUAUGCCCAACAACUAGCUAGGCACUUAACUGUUUAUCUUUUCUUAAAAAAAAUUAUCUACACAUUAUUUCGCUCUUGGCCGCCCAAAUAUACUAGUUGAUUGCACGUGGAAAUGUAAGAAUCUUAAGAUUUUUUUUUGGAGUAAGAAUCUGAAGAAAUUGAUUGCACGUUGAAAUGUAAUGCAUAUAACACUUUCAGCUAUCGGAUACCACCUCCUAAAUCUGCGUGCAGACAAGACGGAAAUCCCUAAUCUGCUGAGCUAAGGACCUUGGCAGAAUCAGUCAACUAUACCAUGCGUCCAUGCCCUGUUCGCCGCUGCCACCAGCUCCAAUUGUCAUUUUUUUUAUGCCCGCUCAUCCUGUAAACAGCACCAGCACUUUGAAGCUCCCUAAUGCUCCAUGUAUCUUCAUUUUUGUUCAGUCCUGAAAUAUUUUAACAGAGGCAUUAUCAAGGUGGAGAAAUGGGAAU